AACAAAUCCAGUGUUGAGUGGUGUUGAGUAUAGUCGACAUAACCAUCAAAACGUGCGGCAGUUGAGGAUACAUACUGUUUCGAAGAUAAUUGUGAGAGAUUAAUUGUUUUUUGUUAUUGCUAAUUUUUGAAUUAGUUAUGUAAUUGAUAAGACGCAAGAUAAUUUCCGUGUUAAUCGAAAUAACUCAAGACACAAAAAUGCCACCAAAAUGUAAAUUUCAAGAAGGCGAGAAAGUUCUGUGCUUUCAUGGGCCAUUGAUCUAUGAAGCAAAAUGUUUGAAGUCCUCCAUCACUAAGGAAAAGCAAGUCAGAUAUUUCAUUCAUUAUGCUGGUUGGAAUAAAAACUGGGAUGAAUGGGUCCCUGAAAGUAGAGUACUUAAGUACAAUGAGGCAAAUGUGCAGAGACAAAAGGAAGUUCAGAGAGCACACUCAAAUCAACAAUCUGCUCAAAAGAACAGAAAGGGAAGUACCACAGCUAAAACACAGGGGAGGAGAAGUGAAGGUACUAAAGAGAAAGAUACAGAUAGUCGGUCAAGCACUCCUGUUGCAACAUCUGAGAAAGGUAUUAGUCGUUUUAACAAGAGUACAAGUAGUACAGCAACAUCUUCAUCCUCUCAUGAUUCCGGAUCUGAACCUACGCGUAAAAAAAGAAGUCGAUUAGAACCAUCUGGUGAAACAGAAGAAUUUCUUACUAAAGUGGAAGUCAAGAUCAAGUUACCUGAAGAAUUGAAGUUUGUACUAAUAGAUGAAUCUGAAGUAAUACUGAAACAUCAUAAACUACCUGCAUUGCCUGUACAAAAUACAGUUGACAAAAUCUUAGACGAUUAUGUAGAGGCAAAAUCAUCUGGAAAAACAAAUGAUAUUAGGGAAAGUACAUUAGAAAUAACAAAAGGUAUUCGUGAAUAUUUUAACAUUACCUUAGGUCUUCAAUUGCUAUACAAAUGGGAAAGACCACAAUUUAUACAGAUAAUGAACGAUAAUCCAGAUACUUUGCCGAGUCAGCUGUAUGGAGCGUUUCAUCUACUUCGAUUGUUCGUGAGACUGGGCGGUAUGCUAUCUUAUACACCUUUAGACGAAAGGAGUAUACAAUUAUUGCUAUCGCAUUUUCAUGAAUUUUUACAAUAUUUACAAAAAAAUAAUGCUGAAUUCUUUAAUCUCCAACAAGAUUAUACGGAUCCACCACCAGAUUAUCAUCGGAAGUAUGGUUAAUCAGGAAAAUUAUUUUACAAAUUUACUUCUUUUCAUUAUACUUUGACAAAUGCAUUAGAUUUUUUUGAAAAAACGAUUUUAAUGACAUGCAUACGUGCGUGAGAAUCGCAUUAUUAUAAAUUAUUAUAAGUUACUAACAACUGUGUCAUUUCAAAUAGAUUUGGUAUAAUUUCAGCUAUAUUAUUAAAUAAAUUAAAACAGAAUAAGAUUUUGGUAUGUAGGAAAUACGUUCGUAUUUGUAAAAUAGCGAUCGUGUUUUACUCUUUUUUUGUUAUACUUUUUAUAGAUGU